CAGGACCCUGGAGAUGUCCGCGGUGGAGCGGCUGAUCCCCGGGAAGGACCCUGCAGUGCUGCUGCGCAUGCCCGAAGAUACCUUCCGCGCCGUGGCACGCUCGCUGGCGCCGCGCGUGAGCUCCCGGCUGCUCGCGGCCGCCUGCGUGAUGCAGGCGCGCGUUGAGGGUGCCCAGCUGGCCCCCGGCGGCUACCUGGAGAGCGUGGCGGCGAGCGUGACGAACGGGGGCCCGCUGCCACAGGCGCCGGUGAGGUGGCCCCUGGAGGAGGUGCUGCAGAGCAUGGACCUGCUGGCGAGGGCCGCCAACGCGGAUCCGGAGCAGCCGCUGCUGCGGCUGGAGCUGGCGUGCUCCUGGGAGGAGUCUGGGCUGCGCUCCUUCGGGCCCGCGGGCGCCGCCGCCGUGGUGCGCCUGGGCUACCUGCAGGCGCGCCAGGCGCUCCACGCGUUCGCGGGCGGCCGCGUGGCCAAGGAGAGGUGGCCGCCGCCCUCCAGGAGCGCCUGGAGCCCGCCGCCCGGCUCGACGCCUGCGCCGCGCAGGCCCACGCUUCCAGCGCCGGCGCCACCUGCCCGGGAGGCCGCGUGCCGUCGGCACGGAUAG